AUGGCUGCCCACAGGGUCCUGCUAUGGUUGACCCCGAGUUUUGCCUCGAGAACCAAAUCCACAAAAACAUCGCCAACAACCUCGCCCGACAAGAUUUCCGCUCUCGACGGCCUUCGAGGCAUUGCGUGUCUUAUUGUUUUGCACGAGCAUUGGACGUGCGCGGUCGAUGAUCCCUGGCAGCCAUACGCUAUCAAUGAACUCGCCGCUGGUUUCAUGUGGAAGCCUUUUGUUAUCCUCUUGUGGGGUGGAGAGGCGAUGGUGAACCUGUUCUUCGUGAUUUCAGGCUACGUCCUCUCGUAUAAACCGCUUGGGAUGCUGUACUCGUCCAAUCCUCAAAUGAUGUAUGAAUGCAUCGCGUCCUCGAUUUUCCGCAGGGCCUUCCGCCUCCUCCUUCCGACGAUGGCGGCCGUGGUGAUCAUUGCAACGUUGACGCAGAUGCGAGCUUUCGAACCGGCAAGGUACGUAUGCAGCGACCUCAAUACGGCGCAGAUCGAGGCAUUUGACGCAAGGAACAACGUGACUCAAAUGAUCGAGGACGGCCUUUUGCUGGAGAGCCCACAGCCUCGUCUAAUGCGCGAAGAGCCCCCGCCGUUGGCCGAGACGUUUUCUGCGCAGGCCUCGGACGUUCUUACUGAAUUCUACAUGCUGGCUAGAGGUUCAGUGCCUGGAGAAGCAAGCCAGCAUGACUACUUUGUCUACGAUGCGCAUGUCUGGACAAUUCCAGUUGAAUUGAAGUCGAGCAUGGCCAUCUUCAUCCUCAUAAUGGGAACAUCGAUGCUCGCCUGUGGAUGGCGGCUUUUCGUCCUCGCAAUUAUCGCACUGUAUUGUGCCUCGCAAGAAUAUCGCAGCAUUUGUCUCUUUAUAGGAGGAAUGAUAAUCGCCGAGAUCGAUCUGGUCCGGAUGCAUCUUGGGCAUGUAGCACAGUCACAGGAACGCGGCCCGAUACUUGGGAAUCAGUCGCCGCCGCCGCCGCCGUCGCCGUCGCCAUCACCCUACAAGAGUUUACAGUGGUUCCAACAACCGGACGUGGCGUCAGCUGCUUGGGGUCUCUGCUUUGUCGUCGGCUUGUACAUCCUCUCCAUCCCCCUUGUCGAGCCGGUCACAGCUCCAUCGUAUGUAUUCCUGGCCCGCCUCCUCCCGGCAUACAUCGUCGACAAGAACAGGCUGAUCCGGCUGCUCGGCGCCGUCAUAACGACAUGGUCGUGCGUCAACGCCGACAUCGUCUCGCCCAUCUUCAACAACGACGUCGCCCAAUACCUGGGCCAGAUCUCCUUUGCUCUCUACCUCACGCACGGCAUGAUGAUCCGGUCGCUGGGGUACGUGGUCAUCGGGCGGCUGCGGUCUCUGACGGGGGCGUAUGUCCGCGAGGACACGUCGUUGGCCCAGUUCGUCUUCAUCUGGCUGUUUGGCUACGUCAUGAUGCUGCCCUUCUUCUUGUGCGUCGCCGACCUGUUCUGGAGAUCGAUCGACGUGCCCUCGGUGAAACUGGCGCGGCAAAUCGAACGGCGUCUGAGACGGCAGGGCCAACAGCAGCAACAGCAGCACCAGCCGGACUGGUGGCCGCGGAACAAAGUCCCUUGA